UUAGAUAAACAUAAUUUGAAUGCACAGGCACAUGAGACAACGAUUCAACUAAUACAACAGGUUUUAGAUCAAGGUGUCAAUUUAACAGAGAUAUAUGUAGACACAGUAGGACCUCCAGAUUCAUAUCAAAAAAAACUUUCAAGUAAUUUUCCAUCAAUAAAUAUUACAGUUUCAAAAAAAGCAGAUAGUAAAUAUCCAAUAGUUAGUGCGGCAAGUAUUUGUGCAAAAGUCACUAGAGAUCAUAUUUUGAAAAAAUGGAAAUUUAUUGAAAAGACAAUUAUUUCAACUAAAUUUGGUUCAGGGUAUCCUUCAGUUAAGUGGUUAGAAAAUAAUAUACGUUUCAGUUGGGCAACAUGUGAAAUGAUUCUUAACAAGAAAGCAAUAUCAGUAACAUGGCCAGAAAAUUAUCCUUCCCAGAAUAACAACUUAAAACAAAUGUUUACAAAGGAAUCAAACAAAACUUCUUACAAUAAAUCUAAAUUAUUCAAAGAUAUUGGAUUAAGUUAUGUUUCUGAAUUCCAAUAG